AUGGAAGACGAUUUUGAAGUCGUAAGAGAGUGUUGUUCAAACCCAGCAUUAUCUGUUUUUGUCGGAGGUUCUGAUCACACAGACAAAAAUGCAGCUUAUUUUGAAGAAUGGUUGAAUUCCAAUUUACCUCAAGUGAGGUAUUCACAUGUAAAAAAAUUACACGAUAAAAGAUAUGCACAUAUCCAUUUCCAUAAUCAUGCCGAGGCUGGUUCCUUUUAUUAUAGGUACAACAAUCGUAGUUAUCAUGAUAACCAAGGAAAUACAAUUACAUUUUCAGCUGCUAUGUACUACCGAACUACUAGAUCAGAUGAUAAAAAUCGUGGUGUUUUUGAUAAUGGAAAUGAAUAUAUUAUUAUAGCAAACGUUCCCACAGUAAAAAAUCCAGAAGAUGUAACCAUAGAAGUCGGACCAACAAAUAAAAUUAUUUAUAUAUCAGGUGUUUUAAACGAAAUUCCUUCUACAGCAAACAGUGUCUCAAUAGACAAAAAUAUCUUCAAAAAUGGGACUUGGUUUGAACAUAUAAUUUCACUUCCAUUAAA